CGCGAUCGUCCCCGAGUAAGAGAAACCGUUCACGAUGGCCACGACGGCGUCGACAGAGAAGAUGGACACGGAGAAGGACCUGCCGAAGAAAAAGUUUAUCAACACGAAUCUGAUUUCGCUGAAAUGUCUUCUGUUCGUCUUUUUCGGAGGCAUCGGUUGUCUCUUCCCGUUUCUUCCGCUGCACAUGAAAAAGGUAGGACUGAGCAUCGAAAACAUCAGAUUCGUGUCGAUGGUUUCGCCAGCGAUAGCGAUACUGGGGCCGCUGAUAGCAGCACCAAUUGCCGAUAAACUCGCCGGUCGCCAGAGUAAUAAUGACAAAUCAUCAACCGGUCGCUACCUCCGCGUGAUGAUCGCCGUUGCCUGCAUCUUCUCGGCGCUCUUCUACUCGCUACUGCUGCUGGUGCCCACGGUAGACCGCGCAUUGCCAUCAGGCGGGAAGGGUCCAGGUCUGAAGUUCAACUGCGAUCGACGUGGAGCGAUGAUACGGCAAGAGAGAUGCGAGGACCGCUUCGGCUGCCAUCGCUGGGCUAACGACGAGAGCGCGAUAGGCACUAUGCUGUUGGAGAACUGUAACUACGCUUGUUACCCGACCGGCUCGCGACGGUGGCAGAAAGAACUUAACGCGGGCACGACGACAUUCCGAAGCGCCGAUAUCGAAGUCGACUUUUUCGAUGGUAGCGGUGAAACUACUGUCGCGCCACUGGACAGUGAACUCUACGCGCAGGACGAUCAUGAUGAGGCAAAGAAAACUCGCCGUUACGUCAUGGCUGAGAAUGAGCCGCCACAUCUGUGCUUCAAGGAUGAAGAUGAAGUCGUCUGUCACGUUUACACGGAAUACUCCGGCAAUCUGCCGGUGAACGGUAGCCUCGGGCAGGCGUUGAAUCCCGAGAACGAGGAGGAAUGGUGCGCGUACCCCAUGACCGAUUACUUCGCCUGUCGUAUACCGUCCGAGUUGGAAGCCAGAAUGGCCGCAUUCAAUCAGAGUUGUUCCAUAGAAUGUGAUCUGGUCGAUCCAUACCUUCCAGGCAGCCUGCUGGCGGAAAGUCAGUGCCAGCGUACCGGAGAUUGGGCGAAAGCAGCGUUCUGGAUGUACCUGUUCGUGCGUUCGGUCGCGGAUAUCUUCCCGACGACCGCUGUGGCCCUGAUCAACGCGGCAGUGGUGAUCGCGACUAGGGAAACGUCAUGUGGUCGCGGCGACGUAGGCCGUCAAUUGGCCUUUGGCUCCCUCGGGUUUGCCCUGCUCGGACCACUCAGCGGCUAUCUCAGCACUCUAACGAACGACAUCGGUCCGGCAUACUGGUUGCCACUUGUUUUGCACGCUGCGCUGAUGAUUCUCUCAGCAAUCGUUGCUCUGUCGGCGAACGGAAUGCCGCUCAGUCCGCCCGAAUGGUGGUGGCACACGAGGAGCGGCAUGCUCGCGCUACCGAUGAGCGCGGUCAAGAGGUACGGCUGCGAAACCGCCGCUCUGAUCUUCGUCCUGCUAGUCAUGGGGACCUUCUGGAGCGCGAUGGACACCUACCUAUCUUUGCAUCUGCAAAGACUAGGGGGCGACGAACUUCUCGUCGGUGUCGCGAUGACCGUCGGAGCGAUACCGGCGGUUCUGUUCCUCUGGAAGUCGGAACAUCUCGUAGACUACUGUGGACACAGUAACCUUCUUAUCACUGCCUUCACGGUGUACAUAAUCAGGUUCACCGGACUGACUCUUGUGUGGGGGCCUUGGUGGUCCCUAAUCUCGGAGGCUUUAGAAGUAUUUACCUUAGGAAUAAUGUGGGUUACUGCCAUUCUCUAUCUGAGACACUUGGUACCGCGUCAUUUGACUGUGACUGCCCAAGCACUGCCUGUGAUAGCUCACUUUUGUAUCGGCCGGUGCUUCGGAGCCAUUAUUGGUAUCAUCAAUGUCGGCGAUCAUCAUGACAUGAUACACUCGGUGAGAUUCGUGUAUCAUUGUAUGGCAGUAGCGGCAGCUAUCGUUGCCGCUCUGUAUUUUGUAUUGUACCACGGUCUACUGAAGCCGAGAUGUCACGCACACACCAUUCAGGGCCCUCGUCAUCCUCCCACAAUUGUGCAAGCUGCCAUAAGAGACUACGAAUUGACGAUGAAUGGAAACGGAAAUUACACGCCACUGAGGGUGUACCAUAACGGAAUGGGCAGAAAAGGUCAAUUUCGAUACUGAGACGUUAUCUGUAAGGAUGAAUGAAGAGUUCUAGGAACAACGCUGCAACAAUGCAUCCGCUAUGGGACAAGGCAUGAUUGUCAUCGGCAGUCAAGCGCCGACGACAUAUGUUCUCGUAUACUUUUCGUUGCAUCAAUUUGUUAAUUUUUAAGCCAAUUUAACAUUACCAUUUUUAUUUCUUAACGUUAUUAUUUAUGUGAACCAUUAUCACAAGGCUUGCUCAAGUAUGUUCCGUACGAGCUACAAUAUAUAUCAUCAUCAGUUUCUAUAUUUGUAUUCGUAUAAAAACGUAAAUAAUAGCUGAUAACACAACACAGUCGUAAACCUUUUUGCAUAUCGCAGUAAUAAAAACAGGAAGAUAGAAGCAUUUCCUUUUACGUCCACGAAAAGCUGCGCAAGUGUCUAUAAUGCUUCCUUAGUUUUCUGUUAAGUUUAUUUUUUUUUGUACAAUCGUUAUAUUCAUAAAAGUUCUUACGAUUAAGGGAUGAAUGACUUUCUAUGCCGAAAUUAUUACAAUGAGAGACUUACAUGCGUCUUUUUUCUCACAUGUAACAUAAGUCGAAUAGAUAUCAGUACGCUAAAGAUAAGAUGUCUUGACUUGAUCAAACGAAUGUUACGUUUCUGUGAAUUGAUAUGUGUAUAUGAGAAAAAUGAAAUAAAAGAAAGAACAAGUUGGAGAGG